AUCUAUAAUUUACAUUAACGGGGAAAUCAAAGUUAUUAUUAUUUUUGAAUGUAAAAGUAUGCAUUAUGUCGCGUCAGCUAUUCACGUUUAUUUUGUAUAUCUGUCAUUUCGCCACGUUAUUCUGCGUCUCGGCACAAUUUCACAAUUCUAACGAGAACAAUAGUGUCCAUUUAUUACCCGCCUAUGCCAUCGCCUCGAGAGCUAGUCUUCUAGGUUCAACAACAUGUGCAACGGAAUUACGAGAUUUCCGAGACGCUGUCGAUCAACGGAUACUGUGGGGCUUAAAGACAUUGGAUUCUAGUGGCAAUCUCAAAUCAGGUUUCCUUUAUGGAAAUAAUUUUUGGCUGGGCAGUCGUAGUCAAUGCUUCGAUAUAAUGAAUAGGGCUCCCUUUGAGUUUGCAAAACGGCAUAUAUUAAAUAACACGCGGUACCGCGAUCCGCAAAAGGAGUUCCCACCAUUCGAAUUAAAUUACUUCGUUGCUUAUCUCAGACACAACAGUACUCUUCAGUAUCACAUCAAUGGACUAGAGGAAGACCUGAUUACGCUCGGCCUCUGUUUGCCCGCAUCCUGUUCCAUGAAUAAUAUAAGUUUUAUUCUAGAAGGAAUAUUUCGAGAUAGAGUUCUUUUAAUCAAUGACCUCUAUUCCAUGGAUCUCAGCCUGAUGCAGGUAAAAACUGUAAAGGAUGAUUACCAAUGGCUGUUAAGUGGUGCGGUACCUCUUACAUGUAUUGUUUUAGUGCUUACCUUUAUCAUGAUGAUAAGUGGCACAAUAUAUGAUAUAUUUAUAUAUCAAAAAUAUUUAAAGGCAAAGAGUAAAACUGUUGUUCAAGUAAAAAACGCGGUCGAGGAGAUGGAAAUGACAGAUUCGUCGUCUCCGUAUGAGAAAAGUAGAAUCGGAAACGUAUUAAUGUGUUUUUCCAUUUACACAAAUACUAAGACGAUAUUUAACACGAAAAUGAAUACCGAAUCAAUAUCUGUCAUUCACGGCAUAAGAUUUCUGACCAUGUUUUGGAUAAUAAUGAGCCACAGCAUAUAUUACGCGAUCGAAUUUUUCGACAAUAAAGCGUGGCUGUUGAGAUUCUCGGAAGGUAUCCCCAUGCAAAUGAUAAGCAACGCAUCUGUAUCGGUCGACACUUAUUUCUUUUUAAGUGGAUUUUUAUUGGUUUACAUGUAUUUAAAGAAUAAAAUAAAAGAGGAACGAAUUAAGCCGAUUCAUUACGGAAAGCAGCUAAACGAGUUCUUUCUCAUCAUAAUAAAGAGAUUUAUCCGAUUGACACCGUCUUAUAUAAUGAUGAUAGGAAUAGUGCAAUUAAAUGCAGCUUGGUACGACAAGACUUCGCAAUUCUACAUGCAGAUGGAUAAACCGCACGAAACUUGUGCAAAAUACUGGUGGAGGAAUAUUUUGUAUAUAAAUAAUUUUUUCAAACAUGAAACGUUGUGCUUGACCUGGAGUUGGUAUUUAUCCAACGAUAUGCAAUUCUUUAUAAUCGGUCUGGCGCUUUUAAUGCUGUCAUCUAUAUAUUUUUAUGUGGCUGUUGCCAUACUAGGUACACUUUUAAUAGGCUCGAUUAUCUUAACUGGUUAUCUCUCAUACAUUUAUGAAUAUAUUCCGACUUUGGAUGAACAGUAUAGAUUUUUAGAUGUUUUAUACUAUCCACCAUGGGUUCGAAUUGGUCCAUACAUCAUUGGAAUGAUUGUAGGUUACAUUAUAACAAGAUUAAAGAAAAAUGUAGUCAUGAAAAAGAGAACUGUAAUUUUAUACUGGAUCAUUGGUGGUGCUUGCAACAUUUUCGUGUUAUUCGGUCUUUACAAAAAACAGAUAUCUCUUCUAUCUAGUGCUAUUUAUACUGCAUCAAGUAGAACAGUUUGGGCCAUAGGCAUAGCAUGGAUUGUAAUAGUGUGUUGUACUGAGCAUGGAGGUAUCGUUAAGGAGCUGUUAACAAGCAAAAUCUGGAUUCCUCUUAGUAGACUUACGUACUGCGCUUACCUUUUAAAUCCUUUUAUCAUACAAUCGAUUCGUUUGCAUAAUGAAACAUCUGCUCAUUUAGAAUUUCUGUCCAUGUGCGGUAUGAUUAUGGGACACAUUGGAAUUACUUAUUUAUGUGCAUAUGUAUUGUCUUUAAUGACAGAAUCACCGUAUAUCUUAUUAAUGCAAAUGAUCAGCAAAUCUCGUAGCAGAAAAAAAUAUAAGGAACGUGAAAUUAUAAUUUCGCAUACAUGA